AUGGACAUCUGGAUCCACCAAAGCCGGGGGAAGAACAAGGAAGGGGACAAGCACACGUUUGAGGUCGCGGAAGGCGACAACCUACUCGAUAUUGCGCAGGCUAAUGAUCUGGAGAUGGAAGGUGCCUGUGGCGGUUCAUGCGCCUGUUCCACCUGCCACGUAAUAGUGGAUUCCGAGGAAAUGUACGAUAAGAUCCCAGAGGCCACCGACGAUGAAAACGACAUGUUAGACCUCGCUUUCGGCCUGACGGAAACAUCGAGGUUAGGGUGUCAGGUGAAGAUGUCCAAGGACUUAGACGGGUUAGUGGUGAGACUGCCACAGAUGACGCGGAACAUGCAGGCUUCGGAUUUCGAGAAGCGCAGUUGA